UUUUUAAAUCGUUGUUGAUAUUUAUUGGGUUAUUGACAUAGAAGCACAAUGAUGUUUUCCGUUUGGUUUUAAAAGGUCCUUCAAUUAAUUUUCGUACAUCUGACCCCACUAAAGCGACAAAUUACCUACCAAAUUAAGGUUUUCUCCAUUUUUUUCCCAGUUACCCGGUUGGUCAACGGAAGUCAAAUGUGACGUGGUUUGUGAUAUCCAGCUGGUGUCCAGUCAGCCUACUAUAUUACCUUCGUAAGGAUUCAAUAGAACAACAUUCACUAUUUUCUUACCCUCCAACGAACACCAACCCUUUUGACCAUGUCUUCCUCCUCCGAAUCGUAUAACACCCUCGCCAUUUACUGGAUUGAAGUGAAUCCUCCCUGCUUGUGCCGCGAUCAGCCUGCGUCAAAGCUCAGAGAAGCUUGGAAGCCUAACAACCCAGGUCGUCGCUUCUACAAUUGCGCAAAAUCAAUGAUAUCCAACGAUAGUUGCAACUUCUUCCAGUGGCUUGACCCAACAUUACCAAAACACUACAAGGAUACAUUAUGGAACAUGAAACUUAGGAUCGACGACCUUUUGGUUAGGAAUGGUCAAGUUGUUGAGCUGCAGAAGAAGGUGGAGAAGCACAAGCUGCUUAGGAAAGAUGAGAAGGAACUUGUUGAAGCUAGGAUCCAAGAACUAGUCAUUGAGAUAGAAAGGUUGAAGAAGAUGUUAAAAAAAGGUUGUUUUGAUUGCUCUGGUCUACUUGUUGUUUUUGGUCAUGUACUUUAAGUUGUAGUUAUUGGUGUAAGAUGUUGGGUCAUGGUGUAUAGGUGCUUUUUGGAACAGGGUGGAUAUGGGGAUGUUCUUUUGGGUGAUUAUAUAUUUGGAAGAUGGUCUUUUGGGUGAUUAUAUAGUUGGAAUCAAGUUAAAGCUCUUGUAAGUGGUGCAGGGUGUAUAAUGUUGUCUGAUGGUGUAAUGGUGGUAUAUGAAAUGAUGAUCCUUUUGACAAUUUAGUAUAGGCAAUGUACUUUAGCCCCAUUACGUAUAGUCAAGUAACACCUUUUGUAUAGACUAAUUUUAUAAUA